GGGAUACUAGCUAAUGGUCUAUCGUCAUAUCUCUGAAUAAACCUACCUUUGACGAGCAGACAAGGAAGACAGACAGGGGAGAGAGAGCAAGGGGAUGUUGACUUAUCCCUCUGACUCACUCCCUCAGAUAGUUUGUCCGAUGGAGGAAGAUGCUAUUCCCCCAAACCCUUUCUGUAGUGCACCCCCUCACAGUGAAUCUCCACCACCUCACCCUUCCCUUUCCUCUGUCACUCCCAGCUUUGAGAAUAAUGGAAAAUUUAGAAAUCGCAGGAGUGGUCGACUUCAGGGGUUUCAAGACCCGACUCCAAAAAAGCAGAGGCUGUCCAGACAGAACCCGCCCCCCACCAAGGGAGAGAGGGAAAGUGGAAUGGUGCAGUGGUCUCUGUCAGCAAAGCAAUCGAGAGGCAAGACCUUGCAUGAACAAAAAGUAAAGCAGAACAAGGAUGCACUUCAUUUUGAUGGUUGGUCAGAGUGCACAACUAAGCAUGAUGACCAGACAAACAGAAGAGCAAAAGGAAAUAUCUUUGCCACUGAAAAUGGGGACAAACAGUUUGCUGGAGCUACGUCACAGGAUCUUGACACUUCUCAAUCACAGACCACUUGUAUAGACAUGGAUGAGUGUGCGGAGUUGGCUGUCGAACAGCCUGUUGAAAAGCCAUCUCUUACAAAAGGAUGGGUGAUUGGCCCAUUGUUCCAAUCUUUCAAAUCAAAGAUGGCCAGUUUUUCAGAGAUUGUCAUGAGUCCAGUUAAACUUUUUAAAGCUCACACUCCUCUGUCCAGGGACCAGACAGAUGAUCUCAACCUCUCACAUGCAUUGUGUAGUGAACAUUCGGAGAGCACGACCGAGAUACAAGAACAGCAAACGAAUGAGAACAGCAAAGGAGUUACUCAAGAUUUUAAUGUUUCCUCUUUUGGCUCUAGGCAUCAAGAACUAGAUGACCAAGUGUCUUCUCCUUCUGCCCAAAUAAGGUUUGCUGAUGUAAGAUGUGAAAAACACUUCGUAGACACUGCUGCCAGGAAUUCACAGAUAUUGUGUGAUGGGGAUUCGUCAACACACAGCUUGCCAUCAGUGAAAGAAUGUGCAUUUACUGAGAAGGAAAGUAACACGAUUCAAUCUGUGCCUUUGAAACAUAGCCCUUUUAGACAUGAUUCACCUGAGAAAAAUUUGAAUUCUAGUAAAUCUGUUGUUAAGACCUCAGGAUUGUUUCAGUCCUCUAACAAUUCAGGGGCCUCAUGUCCGUCCAAGCAGAAAAAGUCCGGUAAAAUGGAAGAGAAGAAAGACAACUGUCAGGGACUCCGGUGA